UCCAAAAAAUACAAUUUGAGGCGUUCCGCACACACGGCGUAAGAAGUUCGCAAAAAUAUUAGCACAGCUAUCACGACGCUGGGGAGAAAUCACUCGUUUUUAUUACACCUAUGGGCAGUGGGAUUGUGGUUCAAUUGGCUCGAAAGUACGGCGCAGUGAUAUUCUUUCCCACUGUUGCAGUCGGAUCGAUUUACGCAGAUUGGUCGCACACCCGCCAGUGGAAACGCCAGCAGCUCCAGUUGGCACACCGAGCCCAGCUGAAGGAUCAGCGCUAAGAGGAUACACAAAUAUACACCAUGGU